AUGAUGCUGGCCUGUUCGACAUUUGUAGUCUGGUUCAUGUGGCUCUUGCCAUACGUCGACCAACUAGCAAAUCAUAUGUCACUUGUUUAUUCUAUGAACCACUCCGUUGAGGUAAAAUCCAUCAAAAGUAAACUCAUGCGUUCGAAUACAAUGCCAUAUCAUUUAGUGUAUACGUCCAGGAGGUCAGACUGGAAAGUUCUUGCAAACUUGACAGCCGGCGCCUUAUCAACGCGUGUCUUCUACAAUCCAUGCUAUGCUUCUGAGACGACAAAAGUUGCGUCCAAGAGGAAGAUGCGACUGCCUCCAAUCCCUGCUAGACGUCCCCUAUUCUCCUCCAUGCACUUUACACAUCCCGAGCAUGUAGAUGUGGCUCGCGAGCUCUGUCAUUUCAAGAAAGGUUUCCAGUUGAGCAAUACUACUCGCAAAUUGAUAUCCAACAACUUGGCAGAUGUCAUUAGCUCUCAGUUGCUAUGCGAUGCCGUCACCGUCUGUGAUAUGAACCCCCUUGACGAGGUGAUAGACCUGCUGGUGGUUAUUUUCAGUCGACCAUUUCGGACCCAUCAACGCAAACUGGUUCGCAAGUACUGGGGCCGCGACGACUGUUAUGCUGGUCGAAAUGUUCGCCAUGUCUUUCUCACGGGAGUCCCGGCCCAAAGUAAUGCUGGAGAAGUGAAAAAGCUGCUCUCCGAAGCGGAACAGGAAAGAGACCUUGUGGUACAGGACUUUGCAGACAGCAAUAAUUUUGCCGAAAUGUAUAAGAUGCUGCUCGGCCUCCGCUGGAGUCUGGCCUACUGCAAAUCUGCCAAAUUGGUGCUCUUCACAAGCGACGAAAUCUUUCUUGUUCCCGAAAAUGUGGUUGGCUUCAUCGAAUCCGUCUCGGACGACGUGAGAGAGCACUUGGUUGCGGGCAAAUUUGUUGCCAGAGGACGCGUGGAGCGCCGCAAAGGCAAGCCUGAAUAUGUACCAAAGACUGAGUACGCCAUCGCGGAGUGGCCAGACUCAGUUUCGCCACAU